AUGGCGCCCUCCCUCCCUAAGUCUAUGCUUCUCCAAGUUGCUCUCUUCCUGGUUUUGUCGGUCUUUUCGGCGCGCGCAGAUCCUGACCCCCUUGCAGAUUUCACCCCCUCCAACCAGACCAGCUUUGUCUUCCGCAGCCUGGGAACCAAUGGCGUCGUCUCCGUCUCGGCGGGGGGAAAGAGGGCCGGCCUCAGUGCUCACCAGUGCAAUCUUCCUAGCGCUGACGGCAUUACGUAUGUACGCUUCGAGAUGGCGCCUUGCGGGGUGAACGAACCGCACAUCCACCCCCGCGCAAGCGAGAUCCUGACUCUCGUUUCGGGGGGGGCCCUCCAAGUCGGCUUCGUGGACACCAAGAGCACCCCCCACAUCGAUCUCAUUUACCCCGGGGAUGUGACCAUCUUCCCCCAGGGAAUGAUGCACUUCGAGAUCAACCUGGGAAAUACGACCGCGCUCUACUUCUCGGCCCUCAACUCUGAAAACCCGGGAACUCUG